CCGCGCACACACAUACCGUUCGACACCGCGCCGUUUUUAUCUGCCUCACCAGCUCUGGUUUCCCCACGUUCAGCCUUUCCCCCCGUCAACUGCCGCCAUGUUUUUUUGAGGCAGGAUGACAGCAGACAGCGAGCGCAGACGAAGACGGAUAUAAUACUGAAAAACCGUCGAAUUGCAGCAUUUUUUCGACCAGGCGCCGGUCUAUUUUUUAUUGCGGACUCGCGAGGAACUCAUUUAUCGGUAUAUUUGCGAAUACCAAAGGCUGAAUUGUAGUAUUAUUUUGCUUUCCUAUGGCGUAGGCACAUUUUUCCUAAUAUAUAUCUUUUUUUUUAAAUUUCAGGAUGGGAGGGGGUCCUCCCACAUAAAUAUAAAAUCCACAAAUUAUUAUUUUCUCGUUUUGAAGUUUAUGCCAUGAAAAAGCAAGAAGUCAGAAGCCUGUCAAAAGAACAACCUAUUCCUGCCUGCGCUUAACUAACCUACCUCUGCCAGCGAACAUACAGGAAUAACCAGACCAGUGAUCUGUGCAUGAGCAACUGCUUUACCACAAGUCACCUGCUGUCAAAACUUUGUUUCUUAAGCAAACCGAAGGAAGAAAAAAAAACAACAACUUUUAAUCUAAAGUGAAGAUCCGACAGAACAUAUUUCAAAGAUGACGGGCAACAUCCCAGUUGACAUGAUCAACUUGAGGCUCAUCUUGGUCAGUGGAAAAACAAAAGAGUUCCUGUUCUCGCCAAACGACUCUGCGGCUGACAUCGCCAAGCACGUGUAUGACAACUGGCCAAUGGACUGGGAAGAGGAGCAAGUGAGCAGUCCGAACAUCCUGCGCCUCAUCUACCAGGGCCGAUUCCUACACGGCAAUGUGACGCUAGGAGCUUUAAAACUGCCUCUCGGAAAAACCACAGUGAUGCAUUUAGUUGCCAGAGAGACGCUGCCCGAGCCAAAUUCCCAAGGUCAGAGGAACCGGGAAAAGACUGGAGAAAGCAACUGUUGUGUGAUCCUGUAAAUAAAUCCCAUCAUCCCUCAGAACGAGUGUGUCCUAUCACCCUUCUCCCAUGCUGCUUAAACACAACUAAUCACACCUGACUCCCACGAGCACCUGACCACAACAAGAGCUUUGCUUCUCCUGGAAAGGAAAAAAAAAAAAAAUCACCCGAGACACGGAUAUGAGAACAUUUCGGCUUCGCACAGUUCGUAUUUAAGCCAAAAGAUGUAAAAAAAAAAAUCAGAUAAUAAAAUGCAUCCCUCCUUCACACACACAUUUCCACCCUUUCUAACAUCUUCACACGCAUCCAUGAACUCAUUCAAACACACACACACACACACACUCCUCCCCUUCUGCCAGUUUGCACACGGAGGAGGUCCUUGUUUCUGUUUUUUUUUUUAUUGCACAUAGUAACAUGAAUGAUUCAGUGAAGAAAAAGAGACUCGGUCGCCUCAGCCGAGGCCCUUGAUUCUUCCUUUCAGGAGGGAGAUGUGUGAGAGGGAAAUGAAUUUACACAGGGUCUGACGAACUUUUCACAUUUAUCGAUGCGAUGGCUUUGAUCCGGUGCGGCGGUGGAAAGGCAUGGUGUCACCUACGUCUGAAAUAAGAGCACACGCUUCACUGACGGGGUUAAUCUCCGCUACAGUCGCCCUCCCGGACUCUUUUCGUCAAAUGCUAAUCGCCACACGCAGUCUGAUUUCAGUGCAGGAGAACAAGUAUUGAUGUGCCUGAUGAACGUUUUAGAAAUGUUUCUUAUACAUUUCCAUGCGUUUUAAAUGCCCCAUUAAGGUCCUGGAGAUCCAGCGUCCUGCUCUAUCGAGUUCCUGUACGCCGGAAGUGUUUCAAGCACAGUCGGGACUUUGCAGGAAGGUAGAUCUCCAGAAGUUGGUUGGAUUGACUCGUGGGAAAGUCUAAAAUACACGUAAUGAGUAACAGUAACAUUUGCGACUGUGUUUUGACAGUCAACCAGUGUUGCGUCUGCCCUCUUUAGAUAGAUCUGAGCUGCUCUCUUUCAGGAAGGGUAAUAAGAUUUAUCCCUUUAUUUUCUAAGUGUAGUGGUGUAAAUUAAUGCUUGCGUUUGGAGCCAGAAGAUAACUAUGGAAUGAAGUUUGGCUUGGUUUCUAUUUCCCCUUCCUUGUUAGAUAUAAAAUUUGUUUGCACAACACAGAAACAUGAGCUGUUUCGUUUCUAAAUCUGUGUAAUUUUUCUUUCCCUUCCUACCUUUUUAAUAUUUUUCCAAGUGGGAAUUGUAUUCGAAGGUUACAUAUGUGUAGAGUAUAUUUAAUAUGAAUCUUAUAGAGAACAUAACUAUAGAUUGUUGAUAUAUAUUGGUGUCUAGUGUAUGAUAGUCUAAAAACAGUUAGCACAUUAGCAUUUGGAGCAGUGAGACGCUGACAAUUUCAUGUACUUUAACAGCAGCAAAUCCCUCUCUAAUGGCUGAAGAAAUUAUUGUUUUCUCUCUCUCGCGCUCUUUUUUUAAAUCAAAUGUUCAUAAUUUGAUGUUUUAUUUCUGACUUCCUUUUUCUUUUUAUGUGGUCUUUGCUUUCUGCUUUUUAACACCGCACUAGGUCUGAAAAAUAUUGGUCCUUAUCAGGGUUCAAAUCUGUACAGAGCUGAAGUUUUUAAAAAGAUAAUUGUAAAUAAACUAAUGCUUCUCAUUCUCUAAACUACAAAUGGAAAUACAUCUAUAAACUGAAUAAAGAAUCCAGAAUAUUGAAGUGAAAUGG